AUGAGUACGUACGAGAUUGCUGUCAAUGUAUUCGAGUGGCUCACGCUUUUUACGACGCUCCUGCUUCGAGUUUCGUUGAUUCCAGACUUUCGUCGGAUGCACAAGAGUCACAGUACGGGCGAGAUGUCGGUCAUGCCAUGUUUACUACUUUUAACAAAUUGCUACGUUGGCUUUUUCUACGCAAUUGCUGUCAACAACAUUAUGCCGCUUCUUGCGCAAGCGACUGUAGGAAUCGUUGCAGGAGUUUUCUUCAACUACUUCUUCUACCGCUGGGCUGAGGACAAGCGCGCUGUCGUAAAAGCUUUCAUUGGUUCUUUUGUGGUGUGUAUUAUUGUGACACUCUACAGUAUUCUCGCAUUGGCAGGACAUACGGGUCAAUCUCGAGGAUCAGUUAGUACAACGUUGGGUUUCAUGACAAUUGGAACGAGCGUUGGGAUGUACGUGUCACCAAUGGCCACCAUCGCAACAGUUCUUCGAACAAAGACUGCGUCGUCAAUGCCAUUUACAAUGGGUGUUGUCAAUGUCUUUAACAGCUUUAAUUGGGCAACAUACGCUGCUUUGGUCGACAACAAGUUCAUUUUGGGCCCAAACAUUGUAGGGUUUAUACUAGGUUGCAUUCAAUUGAUUCUCACGUUUGUCUACAGGCCCGAGGCUAGUGAUUUAGCUGAGGAAGCGAAACGCGAUGGAACUCUGUCAGUUGUGGUUAUUUCUCCUGGUUGUGAGAGCGAAAAAGUAGUUUAUUCGGCUCACGUGAAGAAUUCAAGUUUUGUAGCAGUAACCUCCCCAUAUUACGAGGAUUCGAUUACAGCCAGAGGAUGUAGUGGGAAAGCCUAA